UCUACUUUGGAACCAUCAUACCCAAACUGCAGACGUACAAUAUGCCUAAGCUAUACUACUCAACCUUAUCAUGUGGAGGUGCGAACUACAUCGCAGCCCAUGUUGGAGGAGUUAAAUUCGACGAGAAUGUACUGGUAAACAUCCAAACACACAAGCUGGCUGCGACAGGAGAGGACUAUUUCGAGAUCAACCCUAAGGGAAACGUGCCGGUUAUAACAUUCGAAGAUGGAAAAAAGAACCUGAACGAGAACGUGGGCACGCUAUACUACAUUGGUAAGAACGGAGGACUUCUGGGAGAAGAUGAGACAGCCACUAUGAACGCACUAGGGUUCCUGGCCUCAGAAUGGCACAAGGGAGUUGGGGCGUUCUUCGGGAAACCAGAGGGCGCAGCUCGGGAGAAGGCUGUGGCCAACUUAGCGAAACAAGCCAACUUCUUCAUCGAUUUUUACCUGGAGGGCGGCAAGAAUGAAUACAUGGUUGGGAACACUUUCACGAUUGCGGAUAUCUAUGCAUCUGUGAUCACGUCUUGGUCAUACUUCAUCGGUUUGAACACCGAAAUUCCUGAAGCAUUAAUCAAGCACCAUGAACGAAUCCAGGCUCUGCCCAAGGUUGCGGAGGCCGUUAAGAUUAUGAAAGAUUAUGAAGCGUCGGUCGCUAAGUAAUAAAUAAAUAAACAUAUCCAAAUAUAUAUGUCGAUCGGACAAGGCUUCAUUGUACUCAUAACAUUUUGCCAUUAAAAUAUUCGCAUCACACUUUCUAAGUAAUGAUGAUUCUUCACUCUCAUUAUCGCGAGACGUUUCGUUUAUCGGUACACACUAGAUUUUAGUAGUCAAGUAUCAAGUGGUAUUUAGUUGUUGGAAUGUGUCUUCAAAGUCGAACAUAGGUCCUAUUCUGCAGGAUCAAGGAGGGAAUAAGGGUCAUGUUUACAUAAUUUUCGCUGACAAGAUACUAUACGCGGAGAUUAUAUGCACUUUUAUUUUCUUUUACCAGAUACUGUACGGGGAGCUUACAAACCAUCGGGUGACGCACAUCAACUUUCCUAGUUCAAGUGGAAUAUCAAUAAAUACAUAACACAGAGC